AUGGUUUUGUUUUCAAUAGGAAUAUUUUAUGGACAUUCACAACAGCUGGAUUGGGCCAUGUUGCGUUUCGAUCCAAUUAAACAAAAUAAAUCGAAAAUAUUCGAAUACAUCAGAUCAAAUUGUUCUCAACUUAUCAAUGAAUAUCCAGAAUUUUCAACUUUUCCAAAAGUUGAAUUAUGUCAUCAUUAUAGUUUUUCAUUAAAAUUAGGAAAAAUAGUGGUGAUUUUAACAAUAUUAUAUGAUAUCUAUUUGCUCUAUGGCUUAUAUAAUGCAUAUCGAUUGGCAAUUAUAGUAAUGGGAAUAAUGUUGACAUUCAUAUUUUAUAUCAACUUCAUAAAUAAUGAAUGGACUCUUCAAUUGUUGGAAUGUAUUUUAAUUUUAUUCGGUUUUGUUAUGAUUAUUGGUCAAUAUUUAUUGCCAAAUUUCGAUGAAUAUUUGAAGAAUCAAUGGUUAAAAUUUAACAAUUGGUUAUCAAAAAAAAAAGAAUGA